AUGAGAAAAAGCGCAAUCAUUACAGUCGGGGAAGACCAAAGACUACGGCAAUUUUUAAAAGCACGGCGUUAUACAUAUACGGGGCAAAUUAGCCGCAAAAUCCCAUCGGCAAGAAAAAAACUGCUCGGUGAUGGUAUUCCGGCUAUUCGAGAACAUUGA